AUGAAGGAAGCUACCCAAGCGCGGAUCCAACAAGUACUAGAGGUGGAGAAUGCGCCAGAUCCUACUGAGGUAGAUCCGCGCUGGAUCCAUGUCCAUCGGUCCUUCAGUGUGCUUAAAACCAGGAUCGCUACCACUCGGACCUUACGGCAUUUUGACCCAGAUCGGAAGGCCACAGUUGUGGUGUAUGCUAGCAAUUGGGCCGUUUCGGGAUCAGUGAUGCAGGAAUACGACCAGAUCUAUUACCCCGUGAUGUUUGCAAGCCGUACUCUGAAGUCGAAUGAGCUAAACUAUGGCAUCCCGAAGAAGGAGGUAUUAGCACUUCUGAGGAUCCUGGAUCUUGACUAUAAUGCGUUGUGGGCUGCUCUGUUGUCGCCCUGGACACUUGAGAUCACCAAGUGUGUCGAGAUCUUAGGAGCACUGGCGGUCAAUAUUACCCCUAGAUCAGAAGUGGAUAAAGCAUUGAUCUCAAUUGCCCCUAAAAAGGAGCCAAGACGCAAGAUCCAAGCUCCGAUCCCCACUAUUAGACGAGAUGAGGAGCUAUACGUCGUCAGUUUCGAUGGAUCGGCCCGUGUCAAGAGAGGGGGAGGCGCCUAUAGCGCGAUUCUGUGGAAGCUGUCCGAAUGGAGUGUAAGAUCUGGAUCACGACGGCUGGUGAUCUGCGGAGCCUCAAACCUGGUGAUCCGACAAGUACGAGGAGAGGUUGAUUGUAAGGCGCCGGGUCUGACACUGUUACGCCAGCGAGCUUCGGAUCGACUACGUACUUGGCCAGGUCAUGCGCUGUUACACGUCAAACGAGACUGGAAUGGGAGUGCUGACAGCUUAGCAAGUGCUGCCCUGCAACGGCAAUGUGGGAUCGAGAUAGAGUCAGACAUAGAGAUCCAGGAUCUCAUAAUCUUAAAUCGGUUGGAUAAGAUCCUGAUAGUGAAAGUCGAAGACGAGAUCGCACAGAUAUCAUCUGUGAUGACCCGAUCUAAGGCUAGAUCGGGAAUCCAGACUCCCUACGUGAGAGAGCUACGGAUCGAGCGGAUCCGACAAGCGCAGGACGAGGAGUCGUGGAUCAUGGGCUUGAAGAAGUAUUUGGUCGGGCAGAUCCGGGAUCUGACGCAAGAAGAGGCUAGGAUGUUUGGAUCUAUUGCUAUGAAUUAUGAAGUGGAUCAGUUGGAUCUACUCUUCUAUUGCCCGACGACUAAGGAAACCGCUGCAGAUCGAUAUAAGUUGAAGCGACUGGUGGUACCUGAGACGCUUCAACAGGACAUUUUGCAUCACUGUCACACCAAUCUACAGGGUGACCAUCAAGGGAUCGGCCACACCAAUGAUCGGAUCCGUGAUCAUUUUCACUGGAGAGGGCUGUACAAGAGCAAAAGACGACUCCGGAUCCAGGGCGAGUCACCUGGUAACCUUCAGGCGACAUACUCAUUCCAGAUCAUCGCUAUGGAUCACAUACCUUCAUUGCCUAGAUCCUUCAAUGGCAAUACCGAAUUGCUGAUCUUCGUGGAUCUAUUCUCGGGAUAUGUGAUCGCCAAAGCCCGCGCCUCUAGAUCCGCUCUGACAAUCGCCGAGACCUACGCAAAAUGUGUCUUCCGCCGAUUUGGCUCGAGCGAGGUGAUCCGGCACGAUCGGAAUCCAGGCUUUAUGUUCGACUUCUUUAAGUCUUUCAACAAGACCCUGGGACAACGCCAACGGGCUACCAUGGGUUAUCGUCCCCAAACUAAUGGAUCCGCAGAACGUAUGGUCCAGACAACUACCAGGGCUCUUAAGAUGUAUGUGGAGGACCUAGAUCAACGAGAUUGGGACGGGUAUGCUGAGCGACUCACCUUCGCGAUCAACACUGCAAAAGAUCGGAUCUGA